AUGCUCACUGCCCUCUCAAUCCUGCACAAGAUGAUGCUCUACCUGCCCGAGCAGUCGCGAGCAGAAGUGCGCAGCUGUGGUGGUCCCAUUCAGUUGACCGCUCUCUUCUCCCCAGACUACAUUCCUGACCCCACUUGGCUUAUCGUGUGUUGUGACGCCAUCCGUAUGACGGCCUAUGAGGAUGAGGAGACCAAG